AUGCCUGAUGUUGAUGUUGAUUCGCUUGCUGUAGUCAUAUACGAUGUUGAUGUUGAUUGGCUUAUUGUAGUCAUGUCCACUGUUGAUGUUGAUGGUUCAUAUGUUGUAGUCAUAUCAGAUGUUGAUGGUGUUGAUUCGCUUGCUGUAGUCAUAUCCGAAGAUGAUGUUGAUUCACUUCCUGUGGUCAUAUUCAAUGUUGAUUCGCUUGCAGUAGUCAAAUCCUCGCCCAAUGUUACUGUUGAUGAUUCAUCUGUUGUCGACAUGUCCGACGUUGAUAAUGGUGAUUCGCUUGCUGUAUUCAUAUCCGAUGUUGAUGUUGAUUCGCUUGCUAUAGUCAUAUUCAAUGUUGAUUUGCUUGUUGUAGUCAAAUUCUCGUCCAAUGUUACUGUUGAUGAUUCAUCUGUUGUCGACAUGUCCGAUGUUGAUGCUGGUGAUUCGCUUGCUGUAUUCAUAUCUGAUGUUGAUGAGCUUGCUGUAGUUAUGUCCAAUGUUGAUGUUGAUGGUUCAUCUGUUGUUGUCAUAUCAUAUGUUGAUGUUGAUGAUUCGCUUGCUGUAGACAUAUCCAAUGCUGAUGUCAAUGAUUCAUCUGUUGUAGCCAUAUCUUUUGUUGGUGGUGUCGAUUCGAUUGCUGUAGUUAUAUCUGAUGUUGAUGUUAAUGAAUCGCUUCCCGGAGGCGUAUCUGAUCUUGAUGAUGAUUCGCUUGCUGUUGUCAUGUCCAAUGUUGAUGUUGAUGAUUCAUCUGUUGUAGAUGUAUCCAAUUUUGGUGUUGAUGAUUCGCUUGUUGUAGAGAUACCUAAUGUUGAUGUUUCAUUUGCUGUAGACAUAACCAAUGAUGGUACCGAUAACUCGCUUGCUGUAGACAUAUCCGAUGAUGGUGCCGUUGACUCGCUUGUUGUAGUCAUAUCCAAUGAUGGUGCCGAUGACUCGCUUGUUGUAGUCAUAUCCAAUGAUGGUGCCGAUGACUCUCUCGCUGUAGACAUAACCAAUGAUGAUGCCGAUGACUCGCUUGCUGUAGACAUAUCCAAUGAUGGUGCCGAUGACUCUCUCGCUGUAGACAUAUCCAAUGAUGGUGCCGAUGACUCGCUUGCAGUAGACAUUUCCAAUGUUGGUGUUGAUGAUUCACUCGUAAUGAGUCGUGUCGUAUCAAUACUUGUAAUGAGUCCAAAUGCCGUAGACUGA